AAAAGAAAAAAAUUAUGAAAACCUGGUUUUAUGGUCCUAUUGUUAUAUACGUCUUGGCGUUGUUUUGCCAUGCAAAAAAACGUGACAAAAUUUUGCAACCCACACCACUACCUGCUGAAAAAACGUUGAAAGCGCAAGACCCCAAGGAAAUAGAGGCGUUUGUAAAGGAGUUGAUCGGAGGACAAAAGAGGCUUAUCUUAUCCCGAGGAAUGUAUUAUCAACCAGGUUUUCCGGUUUGUGUCCGAUCUCAACUCAUUAAUAAUUCUCAAGCUGGAUAUCGCCACAACUUAUCCUAUUACGAGAAAGAACCAACCGUGGAAAAGAGAAAGGAACCGCGAAUUGACCGAAACCGUACCUACAUGCAUGUGAGAUCAGGAGGCAAGAUGGGACUCCUCUUAGUCAUCAACGCUUAUGUGGGGGAUAAGAAAAUGGACCCAAAGGUAUCGGGACGCUACACUAUUCUUUAUGCCUCCAAAAUUUGUUUCGUCGCAACUACGGCAGAACAAGCUAAUGCGUCGAUAUCCCAGAGCCAAGGCGUCCCCUCACCCACAGCUAAUGCGACGAAAUCCCUGACCCGAGGUGUCCCUCCACCCACAGGAUACUCGUCCUGCUCUCUUUGGAGGCUUGCAACCGCUGAUGAAACACUAAGGACUCACUGCAGGACUGCGUUCAGACUUCUCUGCAAACCACAAGGCCAAUACAGAUCUGUGUUUAGCGGCAUGUGUUCGCUGCAAAAGAACGAAAAAAAUAUUCUUGGGCCUGCUACUCCAAAGGCCAACUGAAUAAAAUUCUCC